CGGCGGGGCGGGGCGGGGCGAAUCCCUGACUUUCUUCUCCACGCCGUGCUCUGCUUCGAGUGAGGCCUGGUUCAGAUUUUACAGGGGUUCGGUUCGAUCUGGUGUCCGACGGAGGCGGCGGCGGCGGCUCCUCUGCUGUUCGAUUGAGGGAGAGGGGCCAUGGAAAACCCGGCGCCGCCGACCAACCCGGCCUCCGCCACGCCGUCGCCGUCGCGGCAGCUGCCGGACUUCCAGCAGUCGGUUCGUCUCAAGUACGUGAAGCUGGGGUACCAUUACCUCAUCACCCACGGCAUGUACCUGCUGCUCACCCCGCUGAUGGUGCUCGUGGCCGUGUACCUCUCCACGCUCUCCCCGCGCGACGUCGCCGACCUGUGGGCGCACCUCCGCCUCAACCUCAUCUCCGUGCUCGCCUGCUCCACGCUCCUCGUCUUCCUCGGCACGGCCUACUUCCUCACCCGCCCGCGGCCCGUGUACCUGGUCGACUUCGCCUGCUACAAGCCCGGGCCGGAGCGCCGGUGCACGCGCGACACCUUCAUGCGCUGCUCCAGGCUCACCGGCUGCUUCACCGACGCCAGCCUCGAGUUCCAGCGCAAGAUCCUGGAGCGCUCGGGGCUGGGCGAGGACACGUACCUUCCCCCCGCCGUCACGCGGGUGCCGCCCAACCCGUCCAUGGACGAGGCGCGCGCGGAGGCGCGGGAGGUCAUGUUCGGCGCCGUUGACGAGCUGCUCGCCAAGACGGGGGUCAAGCCCAAAGACAUCGGGAUCCUCGUGGUGAACUGCAGCCUGUUCAACCCGACGCCGUCGCUGUCGGCCAUGGUGGUCAACCACUACAAGCUGCGCGGGAACGUGGUGAGCUACAACCUCGGCGGGAUGGGGUGCAGCGCCGGGCUGCUGUCCGUGGACCUCGCCAAGGACCUGCUGCAGACGCACCCGGGGUCGUACGCGCUGGUCAUCAGCACGGAGAACAUCACGCUCAACUGGUACUCGGGGAACGACCGCUCCAAGCUGGUGUCCAACUGCCUGUUCCGGAUGGGCGGCGCCGCGGUGCUGCUCUCGAAUCGGCGGUCCGACCGGCGGCGGGCCAAGUACGAGCUGGUGCACACGGUGCGCACGCACAAGGGCGCGGACGACCGGUGCUUCGGCUGCGUGACGCAGGAGGAGGACGGCGAGGGCGUCGUGGGCGUGUCGCUGUCGAGGGACCUGAUGGCGGUGGCGGGCGACGCGCUCAAGACGAACAUAACAACGCUGGGCCCGCUGGUGCUGCCGCUGUCGGAGCAGCUGCUGUUCAUGGCGACGCUGGUCGCCAAGAAGCUGCUCAAGAUGAAGAAGGUGAAGCCGUACAUCCCGGAUUUCAAACUGGCGUUCGAGCACUUCUGCAUCCACGCCGGCGGCCGUGCCGUGCUGGACGAGCUGGAGAGCAACCUGGCGCUCACGGAUUGGCACAUGGAGCCGUCGCGGAUGACGCUGCACCGGUUCGGGAACACGUCCAGCAGCUCGCUCUGGUACGAGCUGGCCUACAGCGAGGCCAAGGGGAGGAUCCGGCGCCGCCACCGGGUGUGGCAGAUCGCGUUCGGGUCAGGGUUCAAGUGCAACAGCGCCGUGUGGAGGGCGCUCCGGUCGGUGAACCCGGCGGAGGAGACGAACCCGUGGAUGGACGAGAUCGACAGGUUUCCCGUGGAUGUUCCCAAGGUCUCUAAGGUUUCAAGCGACUGAAAUGCAUUGCUAGUUGCGUGAAUGAUGGAGCUUGCAAUUGUUUGGAUAGAAGAUCUGGUUGGAAUUUUUCAUAGUUCAUUACUAUAUAGUUGUAGGAGAUAGGAAAGGCGAUCGACUUCUCUAAUCUUGAAUUAUACAUCUGUUAAUGUUGUUUCUGUAUGGCACUCGGUCCCUGGCCUAUCUAUAUAGUUGACUGCUCGGUGUUCUGACAGUUCUACUAUAUCUGUUCAUUCUCCAACUGUUGAUCACUGUUCUUCCACAAA